AUAUUACUGAAUACAAUAAUCACAGUUUUUUCUCCGAUUAUCAAUGAGUAGUUAUAUCAGUAAGAACUACAAAUUAACGUACGUAACAAUUACAUUUCACACACAUUGACAAUAACUCAAAUUAGAUUCUUUAUAUCAGUACUUAUUAUAACGAAAAACACGUGAUUUUAAAUAAAUUCUAGUAAAUUAUGAUUUUGAGUUUUUUUUUUUUUUUUUUUUGAAAGAUUAUGUUUUCGAGUUUAGAAUGGAAUCAUUACCCAAAUAAAUUCGGCUUAAUGGAAGCAACAUGGAAGUCCAUCGAUGCCAUUAUUCUGAGAUUCCUCAUAAUUUCAUUUCAACUAAGAUAGCCGCCCAUUAGACCCCAAGUCAAAAAAUUGAUACCCAUUUUUUAAUUUUUUUAUUAUUAUUAUUAUUUCUUAAAAAGGCAGCCUUUAAUAUACCCCAUUUAAGGUUAUUUUAAGAAUAAAACAAAAAAAGUAUUUUCAGACUUAAGUCAAAAAAUAAUUCUCUACUUUUCCUACAAAAACAAUGCCAGAAAAAUGAUACUCCGUACCACUGAACUCGGACAGUAGCAAUAUUGCAGAAAACAGGGUAUUUUGAAUUACCAAAAAAAAAAAAAAAAAAAAAAAAAAACAGAAACAGAGGAGAGAGAAAAAUUGCUAAAUUGAGAGAUGAAAACAUGGUUUAAUUCUCCAAUUUGUGGUAAAAAUAUUAUGGAAGUUGAAAUUGACCCAACUUCAAUUGAUGGUUCAAGCCAUUAUAGUCUUUCUAAUGGUGUUCUUCCUUCACUUGGAGCUCGUAGCAAUCGUGGUGCUUUUCUCCAUCGUUCUACUGUUUCACCCUUUAAUCAUCGUUAUAGAAUAUGGGAAAUGUUUCUGGUAAUUUUGGUCUUUUAUACAUCAUGGGUGUCUCCAUUCGAAUUUGGAUUCCUUGACAAACCAAUCAAAAGCCUAGCUAUUCUCGAUAAUAUUGUUAAUGGAUUUUUUGCUAUUGAUAUCAUUUUGACCUUCUUCGUCGCAUAUCAAGAUCCACAAACGUAUCUCCUGGUUGAUGACCGAAGGUUGAUUGCUUGGAAGUACAUAAGAACCUGGUUUUUGUUCGAUUUCAUAUCAACCGUCCCUUCUGAACUUGUUGACAAAAUCAUCCCCGACAGCAUUCAUGCCUAUGGCCUCUUCAAUAUGUUACGUCUUUGGCGUCUUCGUAGAGUCAGUAAGAUGUUCUCCAGAUUGGAGAAAGAUCGAAAUAUCAACUACUUUUGGAUCCGAUGCAUUAAGCUAAUUUGUGUGACUCUUUUUUCGGUUCACUGUGCUGCCUGCUUCUACUUUUUCCUUGCAGCCCAUUAUCCUGACCCGAAAAAGACUUGGAUUGCUCUUUCAUUUCAGAACUUUCAGACUGCAAAUUUGUGGCUACUUUAUGUGACAUCAAUUUAUUGGUCAAUAACCACUCUCACAACAGUGGGUUAUGGUGAUUUGCACCCUGUUAAUAUAAGGGAGAUGGUCUUCGACAUUUUCUUUAUGCUCUUCAAUCUUGGAUUGACUGCAUAUUUGAUAGGAAAUAUGACAAACUUGGUGGUUCAUGGGACUAGCCGAACUAGAAAUUUUAGGGACAAAAUACAAGCUGCUUCAAAUUUUGCUCAAAGGAAUAGGCUUCCUGUUCGCCUCCAAGAUCAAAUGAUCUCUCACUUGUGUUUGAAAUACAGAGCUGAUUCAGAAGGGUUGCAACAGCAAGAGGUUCUCGAAUCCCUUCCUAAGGCAAUUAAAUCAAGUGUGUCACAUUAUCUCUUCUAUUCUCUGCUUGAUAAGGUGUACUUAUUUCGCGGAGUAUCAAACGACCUGCUUUUCCAGCUGGUUUCAGAGAUGAAAGCUGAGUACUUCCCUCCCAAAGAAGACGUGAUUUUACAAAAUGAAGCCCCUACAGAUCUCUAUGUGCUGGUCCAUGGCACAAUGGAGUUUAUUGUGCAGAAACUUGGAGUUGAACAGGUUGUUAAGGAGGUUAAAGCUGGAGAUGUAUGUGGGGAGAUAGGUGUUCUUUGCUACAGACCGCAGCUCUUUACUGUUCGCACCAAGAGAUUGUGUCAGCUACUGCGUCUAAAUCGAACUGCCCUUUUGAAUCUUGUCCAAGCUAAUGUUGGAGAUGGAGCUAUUAUCAUGAAUAACCUCCUCGAGCAUUUAAAAACUCAGGAGGAUCCAAUUAUGCAAGCUGUUCUUGUAGAUGUUGAGAAAAUGCUUGCUCAAGGUCAAAUGGAUUUGCCUCUUAGUUUAUGUUUUGCGGCUGCAAGAGAUGAUGAGCCAUUGUUGCAACACUUGCUGAAACGAGGCUGUCAUCCUGAUGAGAGAGACAUGAAUGGCCGCACUGCCCUGCACAUCGCUGCUGCCAACGGAAACGAAAGUAUUGCAAAUAUCCUAUUUGCACAUGGAGCAGAACCAAAUAUCAAAGACUCUGAAGGGAGCAUUCCCCUUUGGGAUGCACUAGUAGCCAAGAAUGACUCCAUGAUCAAGCUACUCAAAGACCGUGGUUCCAAUAUAGCUUUGGGUGAUGUAUAUCGAUAUGCUUGCUAUGCAUUAGAGCAGGGUGACCUGGAUUUGCUAAAGGUUAUUGUUCGUCAUGGUGGAGAUCUGACAUUGCCUGGGAGUGACGGAUCUACACCACUUCAUGCUGCAGUUUCUAAUGGAGAUAUUAAAGCUGUCAAUUUCCUUUUAGAGCUAGGGGCAGAUAUUGACAAGUAUGAUGAGGAUGGAUGGACAGCAAGAAGUUUGGCAGAUUUUCAAGGGAAAGAAGAUAUAAAGGCAUUAUUUGAAUCUAAGAAAAAGGCAGCUAGCCUAGAAUCAACUGUAAGAUUUCCUGAUAAGGGAGCUGGUCCUGCUCGGAUCAUGAAGUAUCCGAGUACUGGUACAAUAGAUGUUCCUCCAAACACAAUUCAAAUGACGCAGGUUGAUAAUCACCCUAGGCGUCAGGUUGACACAUUUCAAAACUCGCUAUUUGGUUUUGUCUCAGCUGCCACUAGAGGUGAAUCUACUGAUCUCAAUGGUUUCUCAAGUAUGUUGGGGAACCAAGUAGCUAGAGUAAUUCUUAGAUGCCCAGAGAAAAGUGAGACUACAAAGCUUGUAAUGUUGCCAAAGACUCUGCAAGAACUGCUUGAAACCGGAAGCAAAAAAUUUGGAUGUCAUUGUACGAAAGUAGUCACUCUAGAAGGUGCUGAAAUUGAUGAAAUCGAUCUUAUAAGAGAUGGUGAUCAACUCUCACUCAUCUGUUCAUAAAAACAAAUUCCUUGAAAGCUCAUUUUCGGUAAGCUUUCCAUUAACAUCUAUCUUCUCUAGAAACCAUGACUGUCACAGUAUUCAUAAUCCUGGCCAAUAAUUGAUUGGAAGAUUACCCUGGCAAAGCCAACGGAAAUCAAAAGGCUUUAUAAAAUGACCUAUGCAGGAAUGGUACUAUAGUGAUUACUAAAUACCGAGAUUAAAUUGGUGUCCCCAAUCAUUACCAGGGAUGGCUUUGUGGAUUUGGAGCGCCGUAUAUUCUUAGAAACAGGAAAUACCUAUAGAAUAGAUUUGUUCUGCUUACAUGUUUUUGUAAUUUUUUCCAUUUUUUAUUUGUUAUUUUCCAAGUACAAAUUCCAGUUUCUAGCUCACAAAAUUAUACUCCAUACUUGAAGGGUAGAUACACCCUCUUUGGUGUAGUUUUACGUAGAUUGGGAUAUGUGUAAGGGCAUUCUCGGAACGGCUCAACUGAAUAAGGCAAAGGAAAAGUUAUCCUUUCUAUACUUCAGUUCUUGUAUCAUGUAUAGUAUGAUGAUUUUGGAAAUGUAAUCUACUAGUUCAAAUGUCAAAAGAAUUUUACUUCUUUGCUUGUGGUCUCAA